AUGGUAAUCGCUAUUAACGAUAUGGUUCCUGGGCCUCCGAUAAACGUUUGCGUCAACGAUGUUAUAGUGGUAGAAGUGAGGAACAAGAUACCAGACCAAGAUGUGACGAUACACUGGCAUGGCAUCAGUCAAAAGGGUACACCUCACAUGGACGGAGUGCCGAUGGUGACACAGUGUCCGAUAGCGUACGGAACCAGUUACAAAUACGCUUUCAUUGCGUCAUCUCCGGGUACAUUUUUCUAUCACGCUGAUUCAGUGUCCCAUCAAAGCGAUGGAGUGUACGGCUCCUUGAUCGUGAACCAGCCCCAACCACAGGAGGUCCACGCAGCCUUAUACGACUACGACCGCAGCGUUGAGAACACUUUCGUCAUCGGUGCCCAGUUUCCCGCUCUUCUCUCUGCCAACCUCGAGGAUGUGGCUCAACUACCGCCUAAUUCACUAGUCAUCAACGGCGAUGACGAAAACUUCAAGUACGUGUUAUAA